AAUCCGCCAUUAAUAGCCAAAAAAAAACCCUGUAGUUUGGAGAAAAAGGAAAACAAGAGACAAAGCUUGGGGACGAAGACUAGGAUUCCAGUAGCGGUAUCUCCGCACUCACUUCUUCCCCUCUCCUUCCUUCAUCGGGGCUCCCUCAGAUCUGGAUCACCGUAGAAUCGGCUAAGAGCAGGAAGCAAUCGAGCAAUGGAGUGCUGGGAUCGGAUGAUUUUCCCUCUAAAACGCGUUUGGAUCGGCGUCGCUGCUCGCCUCAGCUUACAGAAGACGGGGCCGAGAAAACUGAGGCAGGAGGUGAGCACGUGCGAAUACGAGGACGUUCAUGUGAUGUGGGAGAUGCUGCGGAGGACUGAUCGGGAGAUCGCCCGCUGUCCGCCGUUGAGCCGUCGGCGGGAUCUGAUCAAGCGUCGCCGCUGGAUCGUAUUCGAUUGGGUACCCUACAAUCUCUGCGCUAGAUUUUGAUCACCUUCUUCGGAAAUCGCCCCAAACGCUGAUGAGGAUUAAUUAAUUCAUCACGGGUCGUUUUUCCACCUUCGAUUUGUCUUCUUCUUCUUCAUCUUCUUCUGCUUCUCUCUCCGCGGAUUUGAUGCACUUUGACACUUCUCGAGUGCUGUGUUGUGUAAUUUGCUGCAUAAAACAGAGGAAAAUUCGGUUUGAUGCGAUCACCGACGAAAGAGAAAACACAUAAAUAAGUCAUGUUUUGUUCGUGAUCAAGUAAUAAAAAUCGUGAUUUGUCUUAAUACGUGUUGAAAUUUAAUUAAUCAAUUAAAUAUGUGGCAAAAUGAUAAUAAUAAUUAAGCAGCUAUG